GGCGGCGGUGCUGGCGACAGGCAGUGCCAGGGACCUCGUGGGUCUAGCAUGCGAGUUGUCGUACCUCCUACGGCCGCCGUCGACUACUCUGUUGCUGUCGCAUUGCAGCCGCCGUACUGCUGCCGCCGCCACCGCCACGGCCCCGUCGCUUCGUUUCCGACACAACAGCUGCCGCCACCCUCCUAGCAGCAGUCCUGCUGCCCCGGGCGGCGCCGCUGGCGGCACAGAAUGCAAAGGUACGACUGUCCCUCCGGCCAAGGCGGCCAAGGCUUCCGUCGUACUGCAAUCCGAGCCGCCGCUGCUGCCGCCGCCGCCACCAGCAAUGCGUGCCAAGGCCACUGGAUCCGGGGCGGGACCCAUGGGUCUGCGGCGGCAACGGCUCGAGCGGCGGCGGCUGCAGUAUUUGGUACGGCACAAGGUGGGCCCAGCGCUGCGCAUUGCACUGCGAGGGCUGACGGAGCGGCCGACGGCGUCGGCGACGGGGCCGUCAGCAGCAGGUGGGGUGCUGUCUGUACGGCAGGCGAUUACACUGCUGUCGGCGUUGCUGCGGCUGGGGCUGAGGCUGUCGCCGGCGGAGGUGGGGCUGGUGUUGCAGG